AUGAAGCUCUUGGUGGCUGUGCUCCUGCUCUGCAGCCUGGGUGAGGCGGGCGCCCAGCAUGCCGAGCUGCGCAAGCCGCCCAAGGAGAUCCGCGAGGAGCGGGAGGAAGCCCAGCAGAAGCUGGUGGCCUGCCGCUUGGAGGGCCGCAACCUCGAGGAGUGCCGCAAGGACUUCGGGAACUCCACAGGUGCAGCUCCAGACGCUGUGAAAGAGCGUUUGGAGCUGGAGAAGGGCACCCCCUUGGUGCUCUUAGGGACCCUGGAGAAUUGCACCAAUGACCUGAACAAGACGGAGCUCAAUGUCACCUUUGCCGACUGCAAGAUGCAGGUCAAGAACCUCCUAGAGCGCCUCAAAAACGAGACGGUGCAGCCGGAGGAGCUGGACGGGGAGAUUCGAAAGAUUGCGGCGGAGAAGGCGAAGAUGAUCAUCCACUUGUGCUCGGCGGCAGCUUCAACAGAAGCGGCCAAGGAGGCUUGCCUCUCCAGCAAGGAGGCCCUGGAUGCCUUAGCCAAGCUUUCUGGCAGGCCGUUGGGAUCGGUGCCCGAAGAGGAGCUGCGUAGCCUCUUUCGCCGUGGCGCUGCAGAGGAGGUCUCAGAGGAGCUUCGGCUGUGCAUGGGACGUGCCGAGACGGAUGAGAAGCAGAAGGGAUGCUUUGAUUCUGAUGACAUCCGUGAAGCUGUUGGCAACAGCCUGGGCAAAGGCAAGGGUGAGGUCAAAGAUUCCGAUGUACGCGAGUUCCUCGAAGAAGGUGUCAAGAAGGAGAUGUGGACCUUGCUUGAAUCCUGCCCUGAUGAUGCCAAACAACGCUGCCUGAUGGAGGCCAAGGAGCUGCUUGCCACAGUCUCUGGCCGCGAGGCGUCUGCCAUCGCAGAUGACAUGGUGGACAAGCUCCUCGAAGACGAGAUGGCCACGGAACUCGGUGAGAGGAUGAGGGCGUGCAUGGAUGAGGCUGUGGAUGAUGCAUCCAAGGAGAGCUGCCGGACCACACUCUCCAGCGGUGUCCUUGGCAUUACCCGUGGCGGUGAGACGCCAUCCCGCACCGACAUGGAGGAGGCGCUGAAGGAGGCUGGCCGCGACAAGGCCAAGCAGGUGAGCAAGGACUGCCAAGGAAGCCGCGAGGAGUGUAUGGAGAAGCUGCGGGAGGAGGCCGCCAAAUCCAUGGGCAGAAGCAAGGAGGACCUCACGAACAUGGACCUCUCGGACAUGGAGGUUGAGAGGUUGAACAUGGAUGGGGCUCGUGACGCGGCGAAAGAGGCUGCCCGUGGCUGUGCGGCAGCUCGCAAGGUGGAAGCCUCUGCCAGCUGCACUGACCCCACCGAGGUGUAUGCAAAUGCUCGGAAAGUUCCCAUCACUGACGACGUGGAACGGAAGCGCAUCCAGCAGGAAUUGGUGAAGGAGUCCGAGAAGGAUGCCAUGAGGACGUGCAUGGGAGAAUCUGACAAGCCCGGUUUCGAGCGCUGUAUGGAUGAGAUGACGGAUGUUGAGGAAGUCGCAGGAGAGCUCUUCCAGGGCAUGUCCACCGAGCGAAAGCAGAACAAGGAGAAGAGGGCCAAGGAGGAGGCAGCCGUGGAGGUCGUUGGUGAGCGGUACCAGCUCUGCAUGGAGACUUCCACAACUGAGCAGCAGAUGAAGGCCUGCCGUGACGAGAUUCGGGAUGGUGCCAGCAUGGCCGGCCUGAAGGAAGACGUGGAGGAUGUCGUCAAGAAGUACCACCGCAACGUGGUUGCCACGGCGGCCAGGGCCUGCAAUUCUACCCAGAGGAAGAUUUGCAUAGACCAGGCUAAGGAGGAGCUGAAAAAGAGCGGUCUCAAGGAAAGGGCAUUUGGUGUGGUGCGUAGGCUGGCAGAGAUGAAGGCUGCAGCCGAGACCUGGGCUGCCUGCCAGGAGAACCGUGUGGAGUUGAAUGCUACUUGUGACUCCAUGGCCCAGGCGGAGUUUGAGGAGAUCAGCGGCUCCAAGGAUGCGUGGACUGCAGAGGUUGCCGAAAAGGUCAAGGAGCUUGGCCAAGCCAUGGUUGAGGGCCGAGAGAUCGUCCUGCGUAAGCUGCGCGCCAUCCUGCUGGAGAUCCUGACGGAUUCUCUGGAAUGUUCUGAUGCUGUGAAGGAUAAAAUCGCGGACAGGGCACAGCUGACCUCAGAUGGCUUCAUGCCAAACUCAAGCAUGGGGUCGCGCAACGUGUCAGACAAGGAGUGCAGGAUCGUCUGGGGCCUUGCUCGCUAUACCUGCAAGCUGCACACGAAGGACUUGAACGAGACUGAGACCGACGACCUGUCCGACGUCCUCAGCACAGACCUUGGAACCACCGACAUCAACGUGCGCCGCUUGGGGAGGCGUCUUGCCGUGGUCACCGAGUCCUUUGCAGCGCAGGAAGAGGAGGAGACUGCUAGCCCUGCUACAACAAGUGAUGAUGCUACCAGCACCACCAGCACCACCAGCAACAGCGAAUCGGGCAACGGCGGUGACAGCACCACCUCAUCUGCCAGCUUCUUGGCCAGCUUCUCCGCAUCAGCCCUGAUCUUGCUUUGGUUUCUGUAG